UCACCUCGACCCACGAUCCAUCUCACUUGUUGCUCUCAUCGUCCACUGCCCAUGGCCAUACGACAAUGUCAGCCCUAGCCACCCCGCAAAGGCAGGGCACCCCCUCAAAACUAGACGUCAAAUCCACCCCACUCGCACCAGCCAAGCCGGCGUCCAAGCCCGCCCCACCGCCGCCAGUGAUCCCAACAUCAUGGCUCGCACCAGAUGAGCAGCGGCGGCUCAUCGUCUGGGUCUUCGGCCUCGUCGAGGUGAUGAAGCUCUGGGACGUGCUCGCGCCCCAUAUCACGGGCGACCUCCCCACCGCGCUGUCGAGCGCGACGCGCCUCCGCGGCCCGUGGUCUGCCGCCGUGUGGUUCGCCGUCGAGCUGCUCGCCGUUGCAGCUGUCUCGCUCCUGCGGAUACCGGGCCUCUCGCCCGCCCCGAGCAAGUUUGCGCUCAUCGCGCCGCUGCUCGUCCUGUGGAAUGUCGCGUGCUGGUUCCUCGCUGAUCCCAUCGCGUUCGUGCCCAAGGUCACAAUGUUUGGCCCGGUUUAUCUCGGCGAAGAGGGCUUCUUCUGGGGUUGGGUCUACUUCCUCCGCCACGUCCUCUCGCGCCUCGUCUUUGGCGAGCCCGACCACAUCUCGGGCACAUAUAGCAUCCGCCUGCUGCCCUACAGCACGGCGACCCUCAAUCCCCUCUCGCUCACCUACUGCCUUCCGCACGGCGGCAACGAGCCCGUAUUCAUCCCCGUCGUGUUCAACAACUCGGCGCCUGACCAGGUCGCGUACUACCUCCGCGAUCUUGAGACGGGCAAGGCCGAGCUCCAGAACGUCCCGGCGUCGGGUAUGAAGCGACCUGUCGGUUGGAGCAUUGCGCUCAACAACCAGGACGCCGACGACGAUCUCGACGACACUCCGGACAUCAACGAGCUCGUUAAGCGCGACCAGCAACUCGACGUCACCCGCAUUCACUCGGUGCGCCCGGCCGAGUCGCUCACCAUCAUCCCGCCCGACCUCUCCUCGUCCGAGUCUCUCCUCUUCCUCGCUGUCACCAAGCCGUCCGUUGUGCAGCUCCACACCGUCAGCGACAAGCGUGGCGACAGAUUCAACAUCGCUCCCCACCGCGAGGCCCUCAUCAUCGAGUGCCCUGGCGGUGGCGACUUUGUCAACGAGGACAGCAAGGGGAAGCUGAUCCGCCACCCUAGCCACUCCGCGGCUCCCCUCGCCCGCUGCAUCGGCGCCGAGGACGUGGUCAAGUUUGAGGUUCGCGGCGUCGCCCCGCUCAAGGUCCAAUGGAAGAAGUACUUUGGCAAGACGAUUAUCGAGCAGGGCGUUAUCGAGGGUAUUGAGGACGAGGUCGUGACCACUGAGGCUGAGCAGGGCCACUUCCGCCGUGACCGUGCGUCCAAGACGCACAUUGUGCCUCUUCGUGUGUCGCACGAGCGGGAGGGCGCCUACAGUGUCGUGUUGACCAGCGUGGCCGACGCGCUCGGUAACAUGUACACGCCGUCGGCAGACUCGUCGACCUACCGCUUCGCUGUCACGGGCGAGAGAAGCAUCUCGUUCUUGUGCAACGGCCCUCGCGAGCUCCUCGUCAACGGCACCGCCGAUGUCCCCUUCGCCAUUAAGGGCAGCGAGUCGGAGCCCCUCGAUAUCAAGUACUCGUUCAAGUCGAGCAAAACGGGCCAGACGGAGGUGCACACUGUCAAGCUCGACAACAACUUGGCUAUAAGGGCGAAGGAGCCUGGUCACUACAAGCUUCUCGAUAUCACUGGCCGCUGCGCCGGUACCGUCCUCGAGCCGUCCACCUGCGAGGUCCGCGAGGUGCCGCCACCUACGGCCGAGAUGAGCGUGACAACCCUCCACGAGUGCGCCAUGGACGUUGGUAUCAACGUCGCGUUCGAGUUUACCGGCUCGCCACCCUUCCACGUUCGCUAUAACGAGCAGCGCAAGGGCGGCAAGCUCGAGAUCCGAACCCACAGAUUCGACACGCCAGUUGGCCAGAUCGAGCUGCGUCCCGAUCGCGAGGGUACCUACAUCUACAACUUCAACUUCCUCAGCGACGCUCGUUACAAGGACCUUCCGUUGAACAGGGAGCCCAUUGAGCAGGUGGUGCACCCGCCCGCCAGCGUCGACAUUGUCGGCGCUACGCGCUACCAGCUGUUCGCUUGCUCCCCCGACGAGUUUGACAUCAACCUCGGCAUCAUGGGCAACGACCCAUUGCACAUCACCUACCGCAAGUCGUGGGGCAUGCAGUCGGAGAACGUCACGGUGCCUGUCAAGUCUGGCAAGUUCCGCCUCACGGUGCCUGUUCCCGAGGACCUUGCGGCCCGGUCUGGCAACUCGGGCAAGCUCAACGUCGCGCUCAUCUCGGUCGAGGAUGCCAACGGCUGCGUCAAGCGCCUCCCGACCAGACUCGUCGAAGUGGACAUUGACCGCCACCGCCCCACGGUCAAGUUUUCCAAGCAGGACCACGUCGUCAUCAAGGAUGGCGAUCGCAAGGGUGUCGACGUGCCGCUUCGCCUGACCGGCCGCGGUCCGUGGGACAUUGUGUUCAGUUUGGACGGCAGAGAGCAGCCUUCGCUCAGAUUGACAUCGCCCAACAGCCCUAUCAACUUCAAGCAGAAGGGCAGGUACCAGCUCAUCAGCGUACGUGACGCCCACUGCCCCGGUGACGCGGACAACGGCAUCUACUCGGUCGACUUCAAGCCUCGCCCCAGCGCGUCGCUUAUCGAGUCGGUCGCAGUCCGCAAGGAUGGGUCCGUGUACCGCCACAAGGGCUUAUGUGCUGGCGAGGACGACGCCGUCGGCGUGCACUUUGUCGGCCUCUCGCCCUUCGAGGUCAAGUACAAGUACACUGUCGGCUCCAAGUCUUCGGACCAUGCGCUCAAGAGCGCUCAGGAGAUUGGUGUCCUUCACCUCGACAGCGCCCCUGGCCACCACAAGUACCACUUCACGUCUGUUCGCGACGACAUUUACGAGAGCACGCCUGUGGACUUUACGCUGGAGCACGACGUUCACGCGCGGCCAUCAGCAACGUUUGUGAAGCAGAACACGGUGACCCUGUGCCGCGACGCAGUGCUGGUUACCGACGCCAAGAUCCGCCUCACUGGAGAGGCACCAUUCACGCUCCAGCUCGGCGUGCGCAAGCCAGCAUCCGCCGAGGUCAUCCCUCAUGUCGUCCGCGUCCCGACGCGUGACUGGAAGCUCGAGAUUCCCAAGGAGACUGUCGCCGAGGUCGGCCGCUACGAGAUUACGAUUCUUGGCAUUGCCGACGCCGCUGGCUGCGACUUUGUCAUUGAGGACAGCGACGUGCACGCCACCACACUGGAUGUGGUCGAGACGGCGCGUGUAGUUUCCGUCGACCACAAGACGGACCUCUGCGUUGGCGACACGCUCGACUUCUUGCUGCAGGGCAAGGCGCCGUGGAUCGUCGAGUACGAAUGGCAGGGUCGCCUCAACUCGGUCACGUCGAGCGCGGCUAGGUUCUCGCGCUCCGCCGACUCUGAGGGCACGUUUGCCAUCAAGUCGGUCGCGCUCAAGGACAGGAACGGGAACGCUCAGUGCAAGCGCGAAGUCAAUGGCCUCGAGCGCCGCGUGCACGCGCUGCCGUCGGUCCGCGUCCAGGACGGCGUCGACAACCUGCGCGAGGGCGACCAGCCGGCCGUGUUCAGCGUCAGCUUCACCGGCACACCGCCAUUCACAUUCACGUACACGCGCAGCGAGACCAUUGGUGGCCGCCCGCGCGUCGUCGAGACACAGACCAUUAGCGACAUUUUCACAAACACGUACACCAUCUCGUCGAGCUCGCCCGGCGACUACUCGGUCACGAGCGUGCAGGACAACUUCUGCCGCUACCCCCCGCUCUCCCGCUCGCGGGCGGACGUCUAAUCAAUUCGCACAUGCAUAGGAAGAGAGAU